AUGGGCGCCUCACAACCACCAUCAUCCUCCUCCUCACCCCCUUCUUCCCCCCCAGACGUCUCCUCGAGCCCAUCACAACCACCACAGCCUUCAUCAUCACCAUCACCACCAUCCUCCGAUUCCCAACCUCCUCUCCCCCGAUUCCUCAAAAACGACCCCGCCCGCACCGGUUACGACCCCUCCCUAACAUGGUGGAUGAACUACUUCAAAAUCAUCACCGGCCAAGUGACCCGCGAAGGCGUCGAGCACUACCGCGAAGACCGAUACCGUGCCAACGAAGAGCGCGACUGCGCCCGCUGCGAAGCCGACCGCGCCUACCUCUUCCAGUACUCGCCCGUGAUCCGGUUCCUCCGCGAGAAGGUCACAGCACUGAACGGCACGCUCGACGAGGAAAAUGUGGUGUGUCGACGGUGUCCGGCGCGGAUCUUUGAGGAUGGUCGCGUGGUGCGCCAGGGUGGCGGGUUUAGCCCGGAUCAUGGGAUAUUGAUUUGUGCGAACGAGAUGCGGGAUCGGAGCCAUUUGGAGGAUACGCUGGCGCAUGAGAUGGUGCAUGCGUGGGACCAUUUGCGAUGGAAGGUGGAUUGGCAUGGGGGUGGGAAUCUGAAGCACGCCGCUUGUACUGAGAUCCGCGCGUCUAUGUUGAGCGGCGAGUGCCGGUGGACGCGAGAGACCAUGACGCGGGGCAACUGGACGCUGACCCAACAGUUCCAAAACUGCGUGCGGAUGCGGGCUAUCCAGUCGGUCAUGGCGCGGCCUGCGUGCCGGGACGAUGUGCACGCGACCAAGGUGGUCAACGAGGUGUGGGACUCGUGCUUCACGGACAAGAGGCCGUUUGAGGAGAUCUACCGUUGA